CUGACUUACAGAUUGUUUUUCCUAGAUAUGUCAGCUUACAAAGGACAUCUCUCUCCUCCUAAGAACUUAAAUUCAAAAAAUGUCCUUCUCCAGUAGCUCUCCUGUGGCAAAUACAUUUUUAGUGGACUCUUUAAUUGGUGCUUGCAGGACGGACAGCUUUUACUCCAACAGCAACAUGUACAUGCCGUCUGGCUCAGAAAUGGGAACUUACGGAAUGCAAACCUGUGGACUCCUGCCGUCUUUCGGCAAAAGAGGGGAGGUCAACCACCAAAAUAUGGGCAUGAACGUCCACUCGUACAUACCUCAGAUAGAUAACUGGACUGAUCCGAGCAGACCCUGCAGAAUAGAGCCUCCCAAUCAGAUGUCAAACUGUACAUUUUCACAGAGCAUAAAGGAAGAGAGUAAUUGCUGCAUGUACUCCGAUAAGAGAAUACAAAAAGUCAACUCUUCAGAAGUCCCCGCAUAUUCUAACGUUAUUCCUGAAUCGUGUCCGGUCGAUGGUCCCGAGAUCCCGGUUCCCGGCUAUUUCAGACUGAGCCAAACUUAUGCGAACGGGAAGCAUCAGGAAAACUACUGCCAUGAAGCACCGAGUCCAAACGCGACACUGAUGCAGCUCAGCCGGGUCACCCCGAAACCGCAGCCCUCGUCGGCAUCUUCUAAUUUCUCAGAGGUGGAUAAAAAAAUUGAGGACGCUUCGCAAAACCCGGAAACCGCAAGAACGCCGGUCCCCGUAGAAAGCCCGGAUCCCAAGUCGGGCUCGGAGGAGAAAAACUGCUCAGUGGAAGCGCCUGUGUCCAGUCCUGAGCUGCUACAGAAGGAAGGGAAAGACUGCAAGAGUGACACUCUCACAAACAACUGGCUGACAGCAAAAAGUGGGAGAAAGAAAAGGUGCCCCUACACAAAGCACCAAACCCUGGAGCUGGAGAAAGAGUUUCUCUUCAAUAUGUACCUGACCCGAGAGCGCCGCCUAGAGAUCAGCAGGAGCGUUAACCUGACCGACAGGCAGGUCAAGAUCUGGUUUCAGAACCGCAGGAUGAAGCUGAAGAAAAUGAACAGGGAAAACCGCAUCCGUGAACUGACCUCAAAUCUCACCUUUUCGUGAGGCUGCAUGUGUUAGCUGUCUUUCCCCCUCCUCGUCCUUCACAUAUUGAUGCUUCGCUGGCAUUGGACAUUUAUCUCAAA